AUGGCCUCUUUACUCGUAAUCAUCUUUGUGCUGGAGGUGUUCUCCCACCUGGUCAACACCAUCGGCGCAGCUACCAUCAACAAUUUGCUUUGGACAUUGCUCAAUUACCUCCCCAUAUCGACCUCGAAGGCCGCGAAGCAGCACCGGCAUCUGCAGGCCGAGUUCCUGAAAAUACGCAAGGAGCUAAAUGCAACCAGCAGCCAGGAUGAGUUCGCCAAGUGGGCAAAGCUUCGUCGCACGCACGACAAGCAGCUAGAGCAGCUGGAGAAGAGCAAGCAAAACCAAGAAGCAGCGAGAUCCAAGUUCGACACCUACCUGACCGGCUUCCGAUGGCUCCUUACCAAGGCGCCGCAAUACGGCCUGCCCUUCUGGUACUCCAAGGAGCCCAUGUUUUGGCUGCCGUACGGUUGGUUUCCCUACUACGCCGAGUGGAUCCUGUCGUUCCCCAAGGCGCCGAUUGGCAGCGUCAGCAUCGCUUCGUGGCAGUUGGCGUGCUCGGGGAUGGUUACUCUCGUCACUGAGAUGAUCGUCUCGGUCGUGGGACUCGUCUUUGCGGCGAAGGAGGGCAAGGCGCAGCCGGUCAAGGUCCCCGCGGGGUCGGGACAGGCUAAGCCUGCGACUGGCUCAUCUGGGAAGGAGAAGAAGGAACUAUGA